AUGAGCUCAAGCUCCAGUACCCUCCAACUGUCCUACCUCCCCCUCCGGAAGUUCGACACCUGCGACAUUCCAAAAGUGCUCACAGUUUCGCGCCCCCUGUUGCGUCUUGACCCCUAUACUAUGCGUCCUGCGUGGGCCCUGUUUUUCCUUUUCUUGACCUACCGGGUGGCUCGUUCACUUGGCCUGCCUUUCCCCCCUCCUUCGUCUCAAUGUAAACGUGUCACGUACAGAGCUCUGCAAGGUCAGAGCAGGAGGGAGGAUGCCGAGGAAGGAAGUAAGAGCCGGGAAGAGGGCUGCGGGAAAGCAUCGAGCGGAGAAAAAGGAAGGGCACGCAAAGUCACGAAAUCCACCUCCAGUUACCAGGAUGCAUAG